GUUAUUAUAGAGUUUAUGAAGUUUCUAAACAAUAUUUUAAUCGAAGCUCUAUAACCUACUUGAAUAACAUCAUUUUAUUUUAUUUUGUUUUAUUUAGAGUAGUUUAUGUCAUUUAUUUUAGUAAAUGCAAUUUUAUAGUUCACCUCAAAGGUCGAUCACUUGAUCUGCAAAUUAAGUAAUAUAUAAAUGAAUACUCGUUCGGAUAUUUGUUGUUUGUUAUAUUUAAAUAUCCUUUGUAAAAUAUGACAAGCAGUUCUAAUAAUAAUCUAGACAAUCAGAUUCAAUGGUUUAAGGAUGGAGUUUCCGGUGGCUACAUUAACUACUACGAUUAUACUGAAUUUAAAAAUACUAAAGUUAUAGGUUGUGGGGCAUUUAGCAACGUACGUCAAGCUACUUGGGGAGAUUCAAAUACUAUUGUUGCAUUAAAAUCUUUCAGUAAUAAUAGUCUUAUUAUGAAAGAAAUUAUUAAUGAGAUAAAAUUAUUACAUAGAGUUAGUUUUCACACAAACAUUAUUAAAUUCUUUGGUAUUACCGAAAGAAAAAAUAAUGAAGAUAAUAUAGAUUCAAAUUAUUUACUUAUUCUUGAAUUUGCGGAUAGUGGGACAUUGGGAAAUUAUUUAAAAGAUAAUUUUGUUAAAUUAGGUUGGAAUAUGAAAUUGCAGUUUGCUAUUCAAAUUGCUGAUGCAGUAUCAUGUAUACAUCAAUAUGACAUUAUUCAUUGUGAUCUACAUUCAGAUAAUAUACUUAUUCAUCAGAAUACAAUAAAAUUAGCGGACUUUGGACUUUCACGUAGAUUGGCUGAAGUAUCAACUCAAAAAGAUAUUUUUGGAAUAGUUCCUUAUAUUGACCCACAACAUUUUCAAGAGCAGACAAAUAAUGAUAAUUAUAGUUAUCAUUAUAGACCUAAUAAAAAAUCAGACGUGUAUAGUGUUGGAGUACUUCUAUGGGAGAUAUCAUCUGGAGAAAAACCAUUUAAAUCUUAUGAUAAAUUUUAUCUUAGGCUUAAAUUAAUGCUGGAAAUUUCAAAUGGAAAAAGAGAAUCACCAAUUCCUAAUACACCAAUUGAUUAUCUUAAUAUUUAUAAAGAAUGUUGGCAAAAUAAUCCAGAUGAUAGACCAGAUAUGCAAAAAGUAUUUUCUGACCUUAAAUCAAUCAAUUUGAAUACAAAUGAAAUUAAAGCAUUUGAAUCACACGAAGUGGCAUCAGAAAAAAGUGGUAUUAUUGCAAUAGAUACUCUUGAAAACUAUUUCCAAGAUGAAACAGGAACUGAAAAAGAUGAAACCAAAGCAUUUGAAUUAUACAAAGAAGCAGCUGAAAAAGGUAAUAUUAAUGCAAUUUAUCAACUCGGACAACAUUAUUUUUAUGGAAUAGGAACUGAAAAGGAUGAAACCAAAGCAUUUGAAUUAUACAAAGAAGCAGCUGAAAAAGGUGUUAUUGAAGCAAUAAAUAAUCUUGGAAAUUGUUAUUUUGAUGGAAUAGGAACUGAAAAGAAUGAAACUAAAGCAUUUGAAUUAUACAAAGAAGCAGCUGAAAAAGGUAAUAUUGAUGCAAUUUAUCAACUCGGACGACAUUAUUUUUAUGGGAUAGCCCUAUAAAAAUUAAUUGUCCGUAAAAUGUAAUAGUAAAUAAUUGAUAAAUAACGGUUAUAUAGAUGUCUAGUAAUUAACCAUUUUAUAUAUGUAUUUUAAAUGUUAAAUAUACGGAAAAAUGGGCCCAUCCGUUUUAUGUUUGUAAUUUAAAUGUAAAUUAUUUGCUUAUUAAAUGUACUAUUCACUAGUAGUAUAUAUAUAACCCAUUCUAUUAUUCAUCAUCCGUAUAAUCUACAUCCUUAUCUAUCACGUUUUAAUCUACACAAUGGUCUAUAGCAAAUGCAUCAUGCACUCCCAACAUAUAAGUUACUUUAUCAAGUUCGUAAGCAAGAUGAUAUUCAACCUAUCCAACACCCAAGAACUGAAGCAAAAUCUA